AUGUGGCGGGUGAAAAAGCUGAACCUCAGUGCAUCGACUUCGCCCCAGCCGGGAAGAUCAGCUAUGAGAACUCCUCUCCGAGAACUUAACCUGCAGCCCGGUGCCCUCACCACCUCUGGUGAAGGGACCCCUAUGUGCUCUACGCUGACCCCUUCCCUGUACAACCUGACGCUGCAGAAAAGCAGCAACUACUCAUCUCCCCUGGAUUUUGUCAGUACCAAGAGGACAGAUUCUCCAUCAGAGCUAUUCAGCCUGCCCUCAGAGUGGCUGGAAACUCAUCAGCAUGAAUCAGAUGAGCAGCUCCAAGACCAGAUCCCCCAGAACAACUCUACUCCCAAAAUAUCUGAGGAAGGAGUAGACCCGUUGGACAACUGUCUGGUUAAAACCAUGGUCCUUGUACACUCUCCAGUGGGCCAACAACAAGACAUUCCACUUGAGGCCCCUUUAGCUGCUUUGACUGGGACAAACAGCAUCUCCCUAGAUGAGUGUUUGCUGCCAGGAGAUCUAGUGAGAGAGGGGAUGACACCCUGCAGGAAAGAUAGCUUUUCAGAAGUUGUUGCUGCUAUGUCUGAGAAACUUACAUUUCAGGAUUCUUCGUGCAAUCUUGUGGAGUUUCCUCCCAAUCCCUCUUCUGAGCAACAAUUGCACUGCCCCAAGGAAAGCCUCAGAGACAGUAGGACUGAGGCUGUGCCUGAGAGCGUAGUUACUUCUGAAAGUAAUGCCUUUUUGCCCUCCUUCAUGUUCUGGCAUACACCUUCAGCUGCUUUGGAAGUAGAUUUUCCUGUCAAUCAUGUGGACCUGGGGGAAGAGAUGGGAGAGCACAAAACAAUGAUAGAUGAAAGAGAAAUGAGCAUUCCAGCUCUCCCUGAAGAGGCUGAAUUAGAAGAUCAAGCACCUGUCUCAGCAUGCCUGAUCCCAAAUCCAGUAGAAAUGGAAUCUGAGGCUGCUGCAGGCCCAGCAGUAGAAAAUGCUGGUAUGAUUCUUGUGUCUGACACAGGGCCCUGGAUGUCCCCAUUGGCUUGGCUGGAAAAAGGUGUAAAUACUUCAGUCAUGCUAGAAAAUCUCCACCAGAGCUUAUCUCUCCCUUCUGUGCUUCGGGAUGCUGCAAUUGGCACUUCCCCCUUCUCUACUUGCUCAGUGGGGACUUGGCUUACUCCCCCAGCAGUACAGGAAAAGAGUACAAACACAUCUCAGAAAGACCUGGGGGCCACUAAGGAUAGUACUUCUGAGACAGAGCACCUCAUGUGGGGCCACGCUCCAGAUCUGACUACCUUGUCUCGGCAUGACCUAGAAGAGAACCUGCUGAGUUCUCUCGUCAUUUUGGAGGUUCUUUCUCACCAGCUGCGGGACUGGAAGAGUCAGCUGGCUGUCCCUCACCCAGAAGUGCAGGACAGUAGUACACAGGCUAACAACUCUUCCAGUGGGGUAACUAAGAAAUCUCAGCAACUUCAGAAUUGCCAAGAGAUUGGACAAGCUCUGCAGCAGGCCAGGAAUGUCAUGCAAUCAUGGGUGCUGGUCUCUAAAGAGGUGAUGUCCUUGCUUCGCCUAUCUCUGUUGCACUUAGAAGAAGAUAAAACUACUGUGAAUCAGGAGUCUCAGAGAGCAGAAACGUUGGUCUCCUGCUGUUUUGAUGUAUUGAAGAAAUCUAGGGCAAAGGUUCAGAGCCUCAAAGCAGAAAGGGAGGAAGCAAGGCACAAAGAGGAAAUGGCUCUCAGAGGCAAGGAGGCGGCAGAGGCCGUGCUAGAGGCUUUCUGUGCACACGCCAGCCAGAAGAUCAGCCAACUGAAACAGGACCUGACAUCCAUGCGGGAAUUCAGAGUUCUGCUGAAUGAGACCCAGGCUCAGCUGGUAAGGCUUCACACAGAGCAAGAAGAGGUGGCUCAGCAGACAGUGAGCCUUACGUCUACUUUGCAACAGGACUGGAUAUCCAUGCAGCUAGAUUAUAUAACAUGGACUGCUUUGCUGAGUCGGUGUCGACAACUCUUGGAGAAACUUGCAGCCAAGAGCCGGGAGUACCUACAGGAACGUGAUGCUGCAGUUGAGGAAAAUCAGAAGGUUUCCAGGGAGCUGGAACAAGUCUCUACUCAUUUAGAAGACUAUAAAGGCCAAAUAGAGCAACUAGAAUUGGAAAACUGCCAUCUAACAGCAGAUUUCCAGGCUCAGCUGCAGGUUUUGGCCAGCAUGGAGAGUCAGUUAAAAGAACUACAGGGUCAACAUGCUCAUUGUACCCAGGAGCUGGCUCUGAAGGAGGACUUGCUUUGCCAGCUCACCCACAGCAGUGAGGAGCAGGCUGCUCGAUGGCAAGAGGAAGAGAUGGCACUAAAACAGAUGCAGGCAGAGCUGCAACAACAACAAACUGUCCUGAGCAAGGAGGUCCAGGACCUAAAGGAGACCCUGGAGUUUGCAGACCAAGAGAAUCAGGUUGCUCACCUGGAGCUGGGCCAGGUUGAGUGUCAAUUGAAAAACACGUUGGAAGUGCUCCGGGAGCGCAGUCUACAGUGUGAAGACCUCAAGGACACUGUAGAGAACUUGAAGGCUAAACUGGCUAACACUGUAGCAGAGAGCCAGGAGCAUGACCUGGAGAAGACACGGAAGUAUUCCCAUGAGCUCGGGAUGCUCACUGAGCAACUACAGAGUCUGACCCUCUUCUUACAGAAAAAACUAAAGAAGGAGGCUGAACCAGAAGCCCUUCCUAUGAACACAGCUUGUGCUCCUGCCCAGGAACACCCUACCCCCACUAACACCACCUUUUUGGGGAGCACUUUGACAGCAACGACAGAUAAAGAGACAGAGUCCGCUCCUGUGCCCUUGCUUGGAAGUGACAAGAGUGCAUUCACCCGGGUAGCAGCCAUGGUUUCCUUUCAGCCUACAGAGGCCCUAGAUACAGAGAAAAGCCUGGCAGAAAUGCAUUUUAUGACUCUUGAGCUUCAGAGCCUGUGUUCCCAACUGCAAGAAUCUAAAGAGGAUGCUAUCAGAACUUUUCAGCAAAAAGUUUGUGAUCUGCAGGAUAGGCUGCAGGCCCAAGAAGAACAGUAUCAGGAGGUCCAGAAGGCUAAGGAAGCAGAUAUAGAAAAACUGAACCAGGCCUUGUGCUUGCGCUACAAGAAUGAAAAGGAGCUCCAGGAAGUGAUACAGCAGCAAAACGAGAAGAUCCUAGAGCAAAUUGACAAGAGUGGAGAGCUUAUAAGCCUUCGAGAGGAGGUGGCCCAGCUUACCCGCUCACUUCGGCGUGCAGAGACAGAGACUAAGGUUCUCCGGGAGACAAUGGCAGGCCAGCUAGACCCAGACUGUCAGCCCAUGGCUACUGACUGGAUCCAAGAGAAAGUGUGGCUCACCCAGGAGGUGGACAAGCUGAGAGUGAUGUUCUUAGAGAUGAAAGAUGAAAAGGAAAAACUCAAGGUCAAGUUCCAGAGCCAUAGAAAUAUCCUGGAGGAGAAUCUUCGGCGCUCUGACAAGGAGUUAAAGAAACUAGAUGACAUUGUACAGCAUAUUUAUGAGACUCUGCAGUCCAUCCCAGAGGUGGUAAGUGGUUGCAAGGAGCUACAAGAAUUAUUGGAAUUUCUGAGCUGA